AUGAAAGAAAUACAACCAUUAUAAAUACCUAAUAUUCUCUUAAAAAAAAAUAUGUUUUAAAAUAAAGAUACAUUUGAAUCUAAAUGUAUAGUUUUUUUUUAUUUAAAUAAAAAAUAUUUAAUUAAAAACAAAGUUGAUUUCAUUAAAUUUAAAGGAAAUUAAUUUAUAUAAGUAGAUCCACCAAUAUUAAAAUUUAUAGGAUUCGAUAUAAAUAAAAUUAAUUCAUUAAAAUUAAAAGUUAUAAAUAAAGCUGAAGUAUCUCAAAGGAUACAUGUAUUACCUUUAGAUUCUGACAGUUUCGACUUUAAAAUGAAUAAAAAAGGAUUAGUUGCACCAGGAAUGAGUGAAGAAAUAACCAUAAUAUUAAAACCGGAGGAACACAAAUACUAUUUUACAACUCUUCGAAUUAAUUCAUAGACAGAAAAUAUUUUAGUGCCAAUUCAUGCUUAUCCAGUAAUUGACAGAGAAAAUAUAAGAAAUUUAUUUCCUCGUUUAAUAGAUUUUGGAGUGAUAGAAAUAGGUGAAAGUCGUACAAUUAUUAAUUUUUUAGAAUGCAAAAUACCAAUAAAUUUCGAAUUUGAAUUCGAAUUUUUAAAAGAGAAUACUGAGAUGUUUAUUCAACCAAUGAAAGGUAUAAUUCCAGCAUAAGGAAAAAUCGAGAUAAAUUUGAUAUACAAACCUUCAAGUAAUACAACUGCAAUAUCAGAAGUUGAACUUAAAAUAUCUUAAUUUGAUUUCGAACCUUUAAAAAUAAAACUUUUAGGCUCAGGAAAAUAUAAAGAUCCUAGCUAUCAGAAAAAAAAAAAAACUUAAAAACUAGAGAAACUGACUCUUUCUUUAAAUAAUUAUUCUCAAAUAUAAUAAAAUAAUUAUUCUCAAAUAUAAUAAAAUAAUUAUUCUCAAAUAUAAUAAAAUAAUUCAGUAUUUAAUAAUGAGAAAGAAUAAAUUCAUUUAUAGUUUGCUUAAAAAAAUAUUGAAAAUUAUCAAAAAAAUAUGAGUUAAACUUUUAUUAAAAAAGAAAAAAAAAAUGAAUAAUCAUAAGAGGAGCAAGAAUAUUAAGAAAUUUAAUAGUCUAAAUCUCCAAGAAAUUAAAAAGAGUGGCUUUUUAUAGAAAAAUGUUCACAGAUAAGUCUUAUGGAUAAAUAUAAAUAAAUCAAAUUUUUUUAAUGCAUAGGAGAUCGUCAAAUCUAAAUGUAUGAAAUUGAAGGAAUAAAAGAUGAAAGGACAUAAUAUAUAUAAUAGAAGUAUUAUUAAAUAGAAAUCGAAGGAAUUCAUAGACACGAUAAAAAAAUAAAUUAAGAUUAACCUAUUUUGGAUUAAAAGAUAGAAUAAUUAUAACCAACAUGGGAUUAUGAUAAAAAUGAUACUUUAAAAUUAAGAAAAAAUAAAUUAAAUAAUUUUGUAAAUGCAGUAACAAGAGUUGUUUUAAAAUAAAGAAUGGAAAAAGUGCUUUAAAAAAUAAAAAUUUGGUUAAAUAAUGCUUCCACAAAAGAAGAAGUAAAAAUUAUGGUAAACUAAGAAACUUAAAAAGCAGAUUAUUUAGGUUAAGGAAAAAAAAUUUUAUUAGUUUUUCUUUAAAUUUAAAUAAUCAAAUUCCCUAAGUAUUAUUUCCAAUUUAAUACGAAUCUUCAAAUAGGCAAUUAGAAUUUAAAUUUGAUACUCAGGUGA